AUGAACCAAAAGAACCCAGUGCACGCUCCUCUUGAGGAAGUCGACGUCCUUGUCGUCGGCUCGGGCCCGAUUGGAGCCAUUUUUGCCAAGACCCUGGUUUCGGCUGGAAAGCAGGUUGUGAUGAUUGACAUUGGAGAGCAAGCUACCAGGCGCGUUGGCGAUCACAAAAAGAACAGCGUUGCAGUGCAGAAGGAUAUCAGCUUGUUUACCAACGCGGUAAAGGCAGAGCUACACCCACUGUCUGUCCCCACCAACAGUGUCGAGUCGUACCUCGAGCCGUCUUCCUGGGCCCCGACGCCGAACCAAGUCGGUUACCUGCAGAACGGCCAGAACCCCAACCAGAGUGCCUGGGACAACCUCCCCGCCGCGGCCGCCUCUCGCGUUGUCGGCGGCAUGGGCUCGCAUUGGACGUGCUGUACGCCCCGCCAGCACCCCGGGAUUGAGCGAUCCACGCUCUUCAGCGAUGAAGAGUGGGAUGAUCUUUACACUCGGGCCGAGGAGAUCCUUGGAACCAACAGUACUUCCUUUGACGACUCUAUCCGCCAGCAGCUGGUCAAGAGUACCCUCGAGGGGGCGUACGAAAAGCGUGAGAUGUUGAGCAUGCCUCUGGCCUGCAAGCGCAGCGAGCAGAACAAGGAGUACAUCGAGUGGGCGUGUUCUGCCACUAUCCUGGGGGACCUCGCUAACCCUCGAUACUCGGGUGACUUGUUCGAGAUUAGAGCCAACACCCAGUGCGUCAAGCUCCAGCUCGAUGACAACGAUGGACAAGUUGCCUGGGCGGUUGUGAAGGACCUGAUGAGCAACGAGAAGUAUAAAAUCAAGGCCAAGAAAUAUGUCAUCUGUGCCGGUGCUGUUCUCACCCCCGGCAUCCUCUUCAACUCGGGAUUCACGACCGACGAGUUGCCAGCAUUGGGACACUACAUGAUGGAGCAACCCAUGUCGUUCUGCCAAGUCGUCCUCAAGACCAGCCUCGUCGACAGCGUCGCCAACGCCAAAGAGGGCGAUCCCAAGCAUCCCGAUUGGUACGCGAAGGUUCAACUCCACAAGAAGAAGGCCCCGAAUGACCCUCUUCCUUUCCCAUUCAACGACCCCGACCCGCAGUGCUACUUCCCCUUGUCCGAGGAUUUUCCCUGGCACACGCAGAUUCACCGAGAUGCUUUCGGCUACGGAGAGGUCCCACCUACCAUUGAUCAGCGGCUCGUGGUCGACUUUCGUUGGUUCACCUAUGUGAAGCCAGUCUAUACCAACUAUGUCGAGUUCUCCAGCAAGUGCAAGGACGAGUUUGGAAUGCCUCAGCCAACAUUCCAUUUCAGAAUGGACCAGGAGGAUUCAGACCGCACCCUGGAUAUGGUCACGGAUAUGGUUGCUGUGGCGAGGCACGUCGGAGGCUUCCUCCCAGGAGCGGAGCCCAAGUAUCUCCCUCCUGGAUCGGCCCUUCAUAUCUGUGGCACCUACAGGGCUGGUGAAUCGAGUGAUGACAGCGUCGUGGACCGCGCUGGAAAGGUUUGGGGACAGAAAAACCUGGUUCUGGGAGGUUGCGGAGUCAUCCCCAAGGAGAACGCGUGCAACCCUACCAUCACUGCGGCCUGCUUUGCUCUUGUGGCUGCUAAGCAACUCGUGCACGAUCUGAGAAUUACGAACUAG